AUAUGAACUGGUAAUCAGCUUGAUAGAAAAAUGGAACGAUAUCAAAGAUAAAGUCAUUUUGGCAUUCAAAUAGAAUUGAAGCAGUCCAUAACUGAAAAUGCCACGUGGUUGCCAAGUUUGCUUUGGUGCUCAUAGUAUUGCCAUUUUCACCUUGUCUCUGGUCACUGCCUCCUCAUCUGCGACACCAACAGAAGCGUGUUCCACAUUUCUCCUGCCAUCGGGGAAGUGUUGUGUGUUUCCAUUUGAGUAUAAUGGCAGACAAUAUACUGACUGUACGGUUGAUGGAUCAGCUGGGAGACCUUGGUGUGCCACAACUUCCAAUUUAACUGAAGAUGAACAAUGGGAAUACUGUGAAUUACAACAAAAGUGGUGUCCUUCAGGGUGGUUCCGUCUAAAAAGCAGCUGCGUUUUCAUAGGAAAAAAUCCCGUUCGUCUCGAUCUUAAUGAUGAAGAUGGCGUUACCCUCUGGAGAAAGGCGCGUGAGAAAUGCAACGAGAAAGGAGCGGACCUCAUGAUCGUGCGAGAUAAAGCAGACUUAAACGGACUACUAUCCAUGUACUACGAAACUAGAGUUAUUUUACGUAGACCUCUGUUUUUAGGAUCACGGGAGUAUUUCAACCCUCGCUGGAAAUGGCUUGACGGUACUGAGGUUGAUUCAGCUCUCUGGGGAAACGGAGAACCAAAAACAGUUCAUGGAAGAUGUGGAGUGGUUGAGGAUUUCAGAAAGAGGUGGUUUGACAGAAGCUGUGGUUGGUGGUUAGCAGUAAGGCCUUGCAAUAAGAUAAGAAGGGCUUACAUUUGCGAGUCUCCAUUGACCAACAGAACCUGCCAAAAAGGCUUUUCAGUAGUAGAGGAUCGCUGCUAUAAGAUAGUCACCACUCCUCGUCUUAUCUGGGAGGAUGCUCAGUGGGACUGCUCAACCCAAAAUAGCACCUUGGCAGUUAUCAACACCAAAGAAAAACUUGAAAGUGUUGCCUCACUUCUAGUAACGGUGAAGUGGCCAAGUAGCUUUUUCGUCGGGCUUGUAAGGAAUCUGAGCAGCUGGUCAUGGCUUGAUGGAGCAUCUGUUGACGCAUCUCUCUUUCAAGCUGGAUAUCCCAAGAUAAGGAAUGACGAGGAAAAUUGUAUUGUGUUUUCUGGGUACACUCCUGACAUAACAAAUGCAGGGUGCAACAGUGCUUAUUCCUACGCCUGUCAAAGUGCUCAACCUGUUAUAGCAAAUGUUGCAUUUGGAAGUGUGACAGACCACUCAAGUUUGGCGACAGGAAGCAAUUCGUCAUUUGCAGUCGAUGACAAUCUUACGACCUGUUUCUUCUCUGAAGUGGUAAGAGAGCAGAAACAUCUACAUAUCUUGGUAUAUUUUUAA